GCUUUUCUUUUGUCUCGUUUGCCAUUAAACAGAUUCCUCGGCUGCGCAGGUCACGACACAGACCGCCGACAGGACGCUGAAAGCCCAGGAAGGAAUGCGAGAGGAUAUGAUGAAGAGUAAAAAAGAAGUUUCCGUUGUCUCUCUAUCAUAUCCUUCGGAUUGGUGAGAUCAAAUGCAGAUGAGACACCAGACGACCUGAAAUGCUCUGUUGAGACAUCGUCGUGGUUUUUCAAGUGACGUCUGUCCCUCUUGGGGAACUUUUCUUUUCGAUCUGGCCUUCUUAAAGGCACAGCCGAGAGCCUCGUCUUCCGCCUGGCUUCUUCUGUGACCGUUAACCGGCUCUAGGACCCGGGGGCGGACGAGCAGUCCAACGGACGUCCUCCCGCUCCCGCCCCCGCUCCAUCCCGCGGCGGUCAGUGUACUCCGCUGCGGCCGCCCGGAGGCUCACUCAGGCCGGCCACGCUCGUCCCGACUUCGCCGAGCGGCGGUCCUCCCGGAAGACCACGACGACGACGACCAAGCGACGGAAGUGGUUGCCGGAGACCAAAAAGUGGACUUAUGGAGCCCAAACGCCAAAGCGAGGCGGUGGAGCGACUGGUCGGCGAGCUGGCCUCUUUGCUGGAGAUGCUGGACGGCGAGAGCCUCAGCGCCGCCGCCGCCCACAAGAUGGCGUCCGUGCGCAACAUCUUGCACACGCUGCAGGCGUCAGGCGCCGGCUCGGACGUGUACGUCAACAGCGGUCUCGACGGCAACGGCACCAGCUUCGUCGAGUCCUUGUUCGAGGGCUUUGACUGCGAUCUGCACGCGCUCUGCACCUCCCCCGUCCUCCAGAGGGAGGAAGAGGAAGAGGAGACACACGGCGACAAAUCUACGCCCACGGACACGCCCCCUCCGGUGCCUACCACGCCCCUCCCGGAGGACUACUACGAGGAGGCCCUUCCGCUGGAGCCAGACUCGGCCCCCCAGUACUUCACCACCGACACGGACGCAGCUCACAGAAACUCUGAGGAAGACGCCUACUAUGAAGAUGCAGACAACAAUUACCCCACCACCAGGAUCAACGGGACUCCCCAAAACUCCUAUAACGACUCGGACGCAGUGAGCAGCUCCUACGAGUCCUACGAGGAGGACGACGAGGCCAAAACGCAGAGUCCUCCUCCCAGGUGGAGCGCCACGGAUGGAAGCGCGGACGCUCCGGUCGGCAACUGCCGGAUUUGCGCCUUCCUGCCGCGGAAGAAGCGAUUCGGACAGUGGGCCAAACAGCUGGUGGUCGUGCGAGAUGACAAGCUACAGUGCUACAAGAGCGUCAAGGAGAGCACCCCCCACACGGAGAUUCCGCUGGGCCAAUGCAGCGUCCUCUACGUCAACAAGGACGGCCGCAAGAAGAAAAGACACGAGCUGCGCUUCUCUCUGCCCGCCGGAGAAGUUCUGGUGCUGGCCGUGCAGAGCAGAGAGCAGGCCCAGCGAUGGAUCAAGGCGGUGCGAGGUGUUGGCGACGAUUGCGGCAACGCGGACGCUCUCGACGCAUCGACUCCUCCCGUCGUUCGGGGGAAGACGUCGCUUGACAAGAUGCCGCAAUCCGACAGACACGCGUCAGACUCCGACGGCGGGCCCGCCGCAGACUGUCAGUCAUCCGCGCGUGGAGCGGCGCCGGGAUCGUCGCCGGGACCGGGACGAGACGCCGCCGACCCGCUCGGCAAAGCGAAGCGCGGCGCCUUGUCGGAGUUGACGGGAUCCAUGAGCCGCGCGGCGGGAAAGACCAUCAAUCAAAUCAUCACCUUCUCCAAACGCAAGCCGCCCGUCCUCAGCGCUCGCCGCGACGACCCCGGCUGCGGAUAUCUCGGCGUGUGCGUGGGCGGAGUCUGGAAGGAGUGUUGGUGCACGGUGCGAGCGGGAAAUCUGAAUCUGCAUCAGGAGCCGGGAGACCGGCGGGCUCCCGUCGCCGCCUUCCCCCUGCGGGGGGCCGAGGUGGUGCCGGGGGGGCUCGGCCCCAAGCGUCCCUUCUCCUUCCGCAUCCUACAGGGAGGGGCGGAGCUGGCGGCCUUGGAGGCCGGCUGCUCGCAGAGUCUGGGCCGCUGGCUGGGCGUCCUGUUGGCCGAGACGGGCGGCGGGGCGCUGCCCGAUGAGCUCCACUACGACUACGUGGACGUGGACACGCUGACGGACAUCCGCCACGCCGCCAGACGCUCCUUCCUAUGGGCCACCGCCGCCGUCGUCUCCACGUACGACGAGGUCUACGAAAGCGUGGAGGACGACGACGGCGGCGGCCCCGCGGCCAGAAGCGCCUCGCCCAGGCGCCGCGCCUCCUUCUCCAGCAGGGACUCGGAUCGCACCGAGCAGCAGGCCGCCAUUAAGAGACACGCCUCCAACGUCAACCAGUACGCCCGCUACGGGAAACUGCGCGCCGAGGACGACGCCAGGAGAUACGUGACGCAGCAGGCGGAGCUGGAGAGGCAGAAGGACGCCCUCAGGCGCGACCUUCACGCCCUGCGCGCCGACAGGAAAAACUUGAAGGAAUCGAAGGACGGUCGCGUCGCAGACGCCGCCGCCGAGCGCCGUCUUGUCCAACUGGAGGCGCUGUGCAGGCAGAAGGAGGAGGAGCGGGUGGAGCUUGAGCUCCAGCUGACCCGGGUCAAAGAAAACCUCAACAAGUCAUUGGCCAGGGGCGCCAUCGUGGCCCCGCCCGCCAGUGCCACCCAGGUGUGCACCGGCGGCGGCGGCGGCCACCAGCGGGAACAAGCUCGGAAAGCGACAAACAAGAACUCGACGAUGCCGUCGGCGGAGGAGUUGGGGCCGAGCGCCGAAGGGACUCCCGGGCCGUCGACUUUGUCGAAACGGAAGAAAAAAGCCGCCGCGGGGCGAUGGGACGGCAAAUACAAAUGGUGCCCGGUUACAACGCCGACACGGCUAAAUAUCGAAAGAGUGAGCGCGGACGGAGAGCGCAAAUGUCCUGAGUGAGCUGAACGCUUUGGACUCGGAAUGCUUUGAUUGGGUUGAGAAAGGCGGAACGAUGACUCCGCCUAGUUGGGGAAAAUGUCACAAAAGCCGCCAAUUCUUGGAAUGUGGAGAAACGCUUGGCGCUGUCUUUGGAAGCAACGCUGUGACACUGCAAAGCGGUUGCUCACGAUUUCUCUCUUUUUUUUUUUUUUUUUUUUUUUUGAAAGGGGAGAUGUGUUCCAAGAUUUGCCGUAUUUGGAAAUACGCGAUGAUUGAAGUCUGUCCAAUGUCUCCAUUCAUGCGGGCAGAAUGAUGAAGCGUUUGCAGCGCUUGCCAAACGCGGAAUGAGGCGGUCCAAUCACCCAAAAAGUCGCAAGGCCCAAAAAGUCAGCGAUCUGGAGAAAACGGUCGCAGACGUGUGGCCGCUGAACAAAUCGAUGUUGGAAUGGUUGCAAUUGGUUGAUUUGUGUCCGGGGAUUUUGGAACUUCGUGAAAUGCGGUUCUCAAGGCGUCCCCAAUGAACGCUUUGACGCUGGCCUUGCGGCGCCGGGGGGCCGACUUUGCCAAACGUCUCCGUUCAUUUGCCAGUUUGGCGGCGGAAAGGUGAAAUGUUGCGGUUUGCCACGAAUUGUCUGGCGACCGGCGGGGCGGCCAUC